AUGGACAGUUCACAUAUAUCCAAUAAAAAUAGUCGAGAACAAGACUCAAAAUUAAAUUCGCCGAUUUCAAAUGGAAAACCAAAUCAGGUUGGCAGCGUAAUAUUAUAUGGAAUACCAAUUGUGUCUUUAGUCAUCGAAAACCAAGAACGUUUAUGUUUGGCACAAAUAUCGAACACUUUAUUGAAACAAUUCAGUUACAACGAGAUACAUAAUCGUAGAGUUGCAUUGGGUAUUACGUGUGUACAAUGUACACCAGUACAAUUGGAGAUACUACGGCGAGCGGGUGCAAUGCCUGUUUCAUCACGACGUUGUGGAAUGAUUACACGACGUGAGGCUGAACGUUUAUGUAAGAGUUUCCUGGGAGAUAAUGCGCCACCAAGAUUACCCGACGAUUUUGCAUUCUCCGUACACCAUGAAUGUGCUUGGGGGUGUCGUGGUGCAUUCUUACCAUCACGGUAUAAUUCAUCUCGUGCAAAAUGCAUUAAAUGUACAUACUGUGGGCUAUUUUUCUCCCCGAAUAAAUUUAUCUUCCAUUCACAUCGUAUGGGUGGUCCCACCGAUAAAUACGUACAACCAGAUGCAGCAAAUUUUAAUUCAUGGCGACGUCAUAUGAAAUUAAGUGGUACUCCACCGGAUGAGAUAAUUCAUGCAUGGGAAGAUGUUAAGGCAAUGUUUAACGGCGGUACACGAAAACGAUUGUUAUCCACGUCAUCGUCAACACCAUCGUCACGAACACCAUCGAAACAAGCAAAAACAUCUCCAACAAAUGCAACAACAUUUACAGUCCCGUCAAGUCCUGUAAUUCCGGCUCCAGCUCGUGUUCCACCAUUCCCUGAAUUACCAUUACCAAUAUCUCGAAGUUUAGUGAUGGAUUAUAUGUGGCAUAAUCAUCAGAGUAAGCAAUUCUCGUUCCCUCCAUACACAGCCGCGUUACCUUGGUUAAAACGAGGUAAUUCCACUGGUGCACCUUUAUUAUUUCCACCGGAAUCAACUUUGUUGGGUUUUCAUUCGGGUUUAGAGAAAUCCCCUAUGUCUGCGGCGUAUCACCAUCAAUCCGCGUUUCGACCGGUGCAAUCGAUGUUGUUGCAUCAACGUUCGCAACGGAUUGAGGAAGCAGAAACUACGGCUACGAAUAAAAGUGAAUUAAGUGAUGAAGAUGAUGAUGAAGUUGAUAUUGAAACGACUGAUGAUAAAUCUAUUAUAAUUGGAACAGUGCAAUCGGGUUCAGAGAGUCCAUCAUCGUCUAGAUGGAGUCCAAAACAAGAAACGUUAAAUCCAAGCGAUAUUCAAUCAUCACCAGCAAUUUUAACUGAUUUACGUGGUUCCUCAUCAAGUUUAGCACAUUCACCAUUAAAUUUAAGUCCAAAAAGUGACGUAUCCAUAGCUGGUGGUGUGGCCAGUAGCGGGGGUGGAAGUGGGGGUACAAUAAUCACAGCACAUCAUCAAACACCUGCCUCGUUAAUGAUGGCCGAUCGUUUAUGGAGUAUUUCACGGAUUACCCAACAAAUGUCACCAACAAUAGAACGGACAAUUUCACCGCAUCAACAAUUUUUGUAUCAUCAACAGGAACCGAGUUUGAAUCGAAAUCGAGAUCACUCAACGCAUAAUUAUAGUAGCCGUAGUAAUUCACCGAUUUCCGUGAAAGCAUUAGAUUGUACUGCAUGUCAAAAUGUAGUCUGUAAUAACCAUCAAACCAUUGAAAAUAGUACUAAAUUACCCACAUAA